UUUUUGGACCGCUGUCUGGAGAUGCAUACUUGAGGAGAGACGCGAGAGAGGGCAACUUCUGCUUGCAGUCAUUACGUGUAGUGCGCUUGGCUUCUCCAGCAAGGAUGUAUACGACGGGACUGAACCCCUUUUACGCAUCGAAUUUUAGCCUUUGGACUGCGUACUGUUCGGGCGGUUUUGCGGUGGAUACCAUGAAAAAACCCUCGUUUUGCAUUGCUGAUAUUCUGCACGUUGGAGAGGCUGAAAACAUCCCCGGGUCAUCGGCGAUUAUGGCCCAUAUCGGGGCCCGCGCGCAAGUUCACUCGUCGGGCUCUCCGCUGCGCCCUUCCCCGGUCACUCCGGACGCGUCGCCGGUGUUCAGCGCAAGGGUGACUCCCGCGUCUGCGUAUCACAGGCAUGGAAUACACUUGACAUCUGUGUCCAGAGCCGCGAUUAACGCGCAAUGCGCGCCUCCACUGUCCAGUAAAGACCUGAAAUUCGGAAUUGAUCGGAUAUUAUCGGCAGACUUCGAGCCAAAUGCGAAAGAAACUUUAUUAAGAGAUCUCACGUCGAUUGUUAGUCCGAAUCGGCAGUCAGCAGUCCAUGUAUCUGCGAGCCCGUACUUCGCGUCCAUGAGCGAAACCUCCUCCAUGAUGGGUUCUAUAGGCAAUGCCACCAGACAUUCAGGGCCACAUCAGUUUCAGGACACCUUCCCAGGGCCGUAUGCAGUUCUAUCCAAAGACACAAUGCCACAGACCUACAAGAGAAAAAGGUCCUGGUCCAGAGCCGUGUUCUCCAACCUCCAGAGAAAAGGUCUCGAGAAACGUUUCGAAAUCCAAAAGUAUGUCACGAAACCGGACCGGAAACAACUGGCCGCGAUGCUGGGACUCACCGAUGCACAGGUCAAAGUUUGGUUCCAGAACCGACGUAUGAAAUGGAGGCAUUCCAAGGAAGCGCAGGCCCAGAAGGACAAAGAGAAAGAGGACAAACCGGAUAAAUCCGCGACCGAGUCCGAACAGAAAGAGCGCGACGAUUCCGAAUGCGAAAGUGAAGCGAGCGAGUCCGAAUUCGAGGAUGCGCCAGAUGACAAAAGCGACCUGGACAUUUUGGAACUCGAUAAAGCCGGUGUGAUUAUUCCAGGACCGGGUCCCGUGAGCGCAGAGGACACAUCCACAACAGACUGCGUGACAGAACCGAGCACAGCGACGCAAAUGCUGCUCUGAGGGGCCGGGAAUCGAAUCAUCUGAUGUGAACAAAUACUAUACAGGCCACAAUUGAAGUGUCUUACAAGACAGACUUGAGCCAUCGUUUCAUCGUGAAACAGAAGCAUCCUUUAACAAGCGGAAACAUCGCUUGACCUUCCCAAAUCACUUGCAAUUGUUUAUAUUGAUUUCAGAAUUGCAGGGGGGUAGCAGUCAUUUUAAAAGUGGGGGGACACAGCUGGCAGAUCGAUCUUUGAUCCUACAGUUUGUCCACACCAACAUGGAUGUAAAAACAGGAGCUGAUAUUAAAAAUAGCUUUACAUAUUUAACACCGAUCUAAUAAUCUGAUUAAAUUGGCCAAAACAACCGAUCAAACUAUUACCAGUUAAGCAACUUAACGAAGACUCACACGUCACAUAAAACCACCUUUUUAAAGAGUGCGGGGGACGUGUCCCCCCGUGGCUGCUACGCCCUUGGGGAAUUGAUUGUUCAUGAAUUAAGACAUUUUGUUAAACUUGAUUGUAUUAUAUUUUGUCUGUAAGUAUUUGCACUGAACAUGUAAAUAAAAGUUUGUUACU